AUGCGCACCUCGUCGCCUCCCAACUCGCCAACAUCCCUCUCCCGCUCCGAAACUCUCACCCUCCUCAUACUCAGCGGCGCCUCGCUCUCCGUCCUCCUCAAUACCUUCCAAGGCGAUGGCGAACCCCUCAUCGCCUCGCUGGCCCUCUCCAUCAUCGCCUUCAGUCUCUGCUACGCCAUGAUCCGCUGGCUCGGCCCAACCUUCAUGCGCGCAGGCUUCCGCGGUCGCGACCUCAGCAAGUCAACCCGCAUCGAGAUCCCCGAGUGUAUGGGGGCCGUCUGCGCCGCUGUCUACCUCCUUACCGUCAUCGUAUUCAUUCCGUUCCCCUUCUACAAGGACAUCGUCGCCGCCACGUCUGGCGGCGGUAAUCGCGAUGUUGUUCUGGAGCAGGAACAUGUCGACCACGGCCGCUUCCUCCACCGCUUCCCACACAACAAGCUUGCUUCCUAUCUGGGUGCCAUCAUAUCUCUCCAGACCAUUGCGCUGCUUGGGAUCGGCGACGAUCUGUUCGACAUUCGAUGGCGGCACAAGUGGUGGAUUCCAGGUCUCGCCAGCAUCCCCCUGCUGGUCGUAUACUUUGUCGACUUCAACGUCACCUCCAUCGUCAUCCCUGUCCAACUACAACCCUACAUUGGAGAAUUAUUCGACCUCGGUCCCCUGUACUACGUCUACAUGGCUUGCAUAGCCAUGUUCUGCCCGCAAAGCAUCAACAUGCUUGCCGGCAUAAACGGCAUCGAGGUAUCCCAAUGCCUUGUCAUCGCCGCCCUCAUCGCCUUCAACGACUGCCUGUACCUGUUCACGCCCUACCCGCACCCGGCCACCGACUCGCACUUGUUCUCGCUCUACUUCCUCCUCCCCUGGAUAGGCGUGUCCGCCGCACUCCUCCACCACAACUGGUAUCCCGCAAAGGUAUUUGUCGGCGACACAUAUUGCUACUUCUCGGGCAUGGUCUUUGCCGUCGUCGGCAUCCAGGGCCAUUUCUCCAAAACCCUUGGCCUCCUCCUCAUCCCCCAAUUCUUCAACUUUGCUUACUCGGUACCGCAAAUCUUUGGACUGGUUCCCUGCCCGCGUCACCGCCUCCCCAAAUUCAGCGCCCGAACAGGUCUCAUGGAACCGUCCGUGACUCCGUGGAGCCCCGACCGCCAACCGCACCCUCUGGUAGCACAGGGACUACGCCUCCUCGGGAAACUGCACCUCCUGAAGGUGACUGUUGACGAAAAGGGCAGUUUUGUGGAAACCAGCAACUUUACCAUUUUGAAUCUGUGGCUGGUGUGGAGGGGUCCCUUGCGAGAAGAUAGACUGGCGACGGAAAUUACGUUGCUGCAGCUGCUUAUGGGACUGUUUGGUUUGUUUGUAAGGCACAAGCUGGCCCUGCUGGUCUUUAAGGAAGAUAACUGGGGUACCACUGCGUAUUAG